AUGGUAUAUCCAGAAGUUGACUAUCCAUCAGAACCUGUUGCUCCUACACCUCCUCAGAAUUCGGCUGCAUUUCUUCUGGCCCUUGAAAAUUCAGAUGCUGAAAUCCCUUCUCUGGAGCAACUGCCACUAAAUUCCGUGAACCACGCGCAUAAAAUAUUUGAUUUGUAUCAUCCUGAUGCAGAUUGGCUUAAGGAGGCCAUUUUUGGCUCGGGACUUGCCAGACUUUAUUGUUAUGGUUUCAUCACUAUCACCCACAACAAGCAGGGGGCAUUUGUCGAGAGAUGGCACAAGGAGACGUCAUAUUUCCACUUUCUUGUUGGGGAGAUGAUGAUCACACUUGAUGACGUCGCCUUCCUACUACACCUCCCUAUCAGAGGGAGGUUACUUAACCACUCCCAAAUCACUCAUGAUGUCACCACUAAAUGGAUGGUUGACUAUUUGGGAGCUCAACUAGAAAAGGCAUAUGAGCAAUAUUCCUUGACUGAUGGAGCUCAUGCCAAGUUCUCAUUCCUGAAGGACCUUUAUCACGACCACCUUGUUAUGGAAACUGAUUGCGAGACUAGGGGAGAUGACUUCUUUGUUCAGUAUCACUGUCAGUGUGCUUUGAGGUGUUACUUCAUGUUAUUGUUUGGCACGUCCCUUUUUGUGGACAAAAGUGCAAACUACGUGGAUGCAACAUACCUCCGGUACUUCAUGGAUUUGGAUACAGUGAGGGAGUGGAACUGGGGGCCGGCUAUUUGGGAUCCCUAUACCAAAAGAUGA